GGUUACGAAAGUAACAAAAGAAGCAAUUCGCGUUCACACGCGCUUUCCGUACGUAUAUAUUCGCCAUUUUCUGCCGCCUACUCCAUCGUCAUCGCCGUCGUCACACCGCACCAUGACAAACCAAAACGAAGCAGCACCAAUCUUCACGUUUUCUUGAACCAAUUCCUUCUACUACUGAUCGCUUUCAAACCUGAUCCAAGAACCAAUUAAUGGAGGCAGCAGUAGCGAUACCAAGCAGAGCUGUGCUUGCGUUGGUUGUAAUUUCGCUAAUUUCCUGUGUUUCUCUUGUUUUCGCCGGCGAUAUAGUUCACCAUGAUGAUGUUGCUCCUACGAGACCCGGAUGUGACAACAACUUUGUUCUGUUCUUCUAUGGCUGAUGGACUAAGGUUGAGGUUCCAAACUUGGAUUGAUGAUAGAGAAGAAGAUGAGUUCGUCGGUGUUGGUGCCCGAUUUGGUCCCACCUUGGAAUCCAAGGAGAAGGAUGCCGAUAAAAGCAGAAUUGCUCUUGCAGACCCUUCCGACUGUUGCACAACACCUAAAAACAAGCUUACUGGUGAAACUAUCCUUGUGCAUCGAGGGAACUGCAGCUUUACAACCAAGGCAAAUGUUGCUGAAGCUGCUGGUGCUUCAGCUAUCCUCAUCAUUAACAAUGGCACAGGUAUAUAA